AUGUUUAAAAGACCAAAGCAAAAGUUUUACAACACUUGGAUUUCAACUGCUGAAAAUUUGUUGCCUAAAUACGAUUAUUUCGAUUUUGCAAACUUUGUUAAUCGCGAUAAACAAAGCACCAACUUAUAUUAUAACAAUGUAAUGAAGAUGGCAUUGCAAAAUGCAAAUGGCGAAAAUAAAUUAACGAUAGCCAACGCCAUCAAUAAGUUCAGCGUAAUUUAUUUUAUUAUACUAAAUAGUCGUGGCAAACUAGGUUCUCAAUUUGGCCAAGAAUAUAAUGAAUAUUGGGGAAAACGAGAACAAGCAGAACAUGAAGAAAGAAUCAAAAAAAGACAAAAAACUGCCAUUGAAACUACCAAUGAUGCUGCUUGCGCUUCCUUUGAGUCCAUAGUAUUAAAUGUUGCCGCAGAAAUUCAAGGAUCUAAAGUAACCAAUAAUAAUGAAAAAGGCAAAAAUGCUGCUACAAAUGUUGAUACCAAUGAUAAUACCAAUGAUAAUACCAAUGAUAAUACCAAUGAUAAUACCAAUGAUAAUACCAAUGAUAAUACCAAUGAUAAAACCAAUGAUAGUAAUGAUAAAGAAUAUAGUUCUGAGUAUGAAGAUGUUUCUUUUGAAGCAUUUAAUGAAAAAAUAAUUUACAUAAACACCAACAAAAAAUACAUGAAUGAAGAAAUACUUCAAUUAGCUGAGGCUACUGAUUUACCCACAAAAAAACCAUCUGAUGCCUUUGCAUCCUUACAAAAUAAAAUAAAUGAUUGCGAACCAAGCACAAGACUAUUAAGAAAAACAAUCAAGUUGUACAUCGCAGAGAUAAUUGAUACUUUCGAUCCAAUCAUUCAUGCUGAUUUAAAUUUUACUGAAGUCUUGUGUACCCAUUUUUUAAACAUGAUUGAUAGUCCACGCAACCCAUUACUUCAAAAGCAAUUAGAAAGAAAUGCAGGCUUUUUGACUACUAUACCCAUCUUGCACAACUUAUUUGUAUCAAGAAAUGACAUACUCGAUAUGCAAUGGGUUGAGAAAAAUGCAAGUGCCACAGGCAAUAUAAAGUGGGAUGGCGUUGUAUUUGUAGUAGAAAAUAAGACAGUGACUCCUAUGUUUGUGGAGCUUUCUGGAGGUAUUAAUUUUAACAGCACUGAUAAAAAAGAAGCCGAUGAUGAAAAGAAGCUUGUAGAACAGUUCAUCAAGUUAUUAAAAAUACAAAAGGCCGAAGAUGUUGAAACACCAUGCCAAUAUUAUGUCAGAUAUUUUGACAUGAUGUUAUAUUUUGAAUCAUUAACUUACUUUGAUGACUAUUAUGUCAAAAGAACUCAUUUUACUGUUUCUUGUCCCUCAACAUGCUCCAAAUUAAUUGACUUUGUUGCUAAGAUACCUAAGAUAUUUGAAUAUCGCCAAGGAAUUCUUAACUUGAUAAAAGAGAUAAGAUAA